GUUUACCAACAUCGCUGAUAAGAGCACAGUUAUAAUAUUUGAAUUUAUUUCAUUUAAUCGUUAAGAAAAUAUGGAAUUCCUCAGUGGUUCAAGUCAAAAGGAUACCAUAAGAGCUGCAUGUAAAAAGUGUGGCUAUGCUGGGCAUCUCACUUAUCAAUGCCGAAAUUACUUGAAGGUGGACUCAAACAAAACGACAAUUAUAAGCGAUGGUAAUCUCUCGAGCAGCGAUUCGUUAGAUAUGAAUUAUCUUACCCCUUUGCAAGAACUUCGUCGUCAAGAAGAAGAGGAACAAAAAGCACGUGAAGAGAAAAAACUUAAAAAGGAGCGGAAAAGGGCCAAAAAAGUUAAGAAAAAAUUAAAACGUAAACGUUCACACUCAUCCUCUUCUAGUGAUUCUGAAUCAAACGAUGAGCAGCGCUAUAAGUCCUCUAAAAAGAAAAGUAAAAAAGUAAAGAAAAGAAAGAGCAAAUCUAAGAAAACUAGAAAACAUUCUAGUAGUAGUGAGUAGUGAUUGAUCCUAGAAUAAAUAAACCAUGACUGAUAUCAUCAUAAUCAAUCCAAUUUAAUCGAGAAAUAAAACUUCAAUGAGAA